GCGGCGCGGGGCUUCGGUUGGGAGUGCUGUGCCGGGCGGGCGGGCUGCUGUGAGCCGGGUGCCGCUGCCGCGCGACAUGAGCGAGAGACAAGGAGCCGGAGCUACAAAUGGAAAAGACAAGACAUCUGGUGAGAAUGAUGGGCAGAAGAAAGUUCAAGAGGAAUUUGACAUAGACAUGGACGCGCCAGAGACAGAGCGGGCGGCUGUGGCGAUACAGUCCCAGUUCAGAAAAUUCCAGAAGAAAAAAGCGGGGUCCCAGUCUUAGUAGCUACCUCACGGCUUAAAACAAAGUAAUCCUGAAAUGAUUUAUCAAGAAAAUCAGAAAUAACACAGAGAUGCAUGUACAGAAUUUAUCAAUAUUUAAAACCCCAUUGGCAGAAAACAAACCAUGAGCUUGUGUGUGACUUCAUUCCAGAUGUUUCACGCCCAUUAUCCUCUGUAACUCACCAGUUUACUUGAUGUUGUAAUAAAAUGUUAGGGUGAAGUAAUUAAAGUGUCUGCCUUCAUCUGUCUUUUCAUAUUAAUCCAGCAACCACAGCAUUACAAAUGAACCUAGCCCAGAUGCCUGUUUUUCUCCUGACGUAAAGCUUGGAGACAUAAGAGCACCGUAUGUUACAAGGUUUUUGCUGGGGGAUGAGAGCACGCAUCUCAGCCCCGCUUACCUCAUUUGGAGAAUUCCAGCUGCCAGCCAAAUGUGACAAUAAAAUUACUUUAUUGUAAUGAGCUGAGAGUAAAAAGUUGCAGAGAGAAGCUGGCAUGAGGGGAAGAGGUGUAGAAAGCAGCGAGCAGUUUAUUUUUGUCUUGCAAUUAUGACAAUAAAGUGGUUUAAGUGGGGAAAUUGUCCCUGUCCUUCCUCUUGUGCACGGUAACAUUCAGAAUUACCCAGCUUGGACCACAUUGACUAUUACGGAAAAAAAUAAUGAAUCAGACACAAAAUACAAAAAACAACCCAGAAACCUUUGGAAGUUUUGGGUUUGGUGGUUUUUUUUGUUGUUGUUUGUAAAUAUAGAAACUAACCCUCUAAAAUCUCUUUUUGAUGCAGCUUUUCACUCUCUAUAUAAUCAGUAACUAUUUCUAUGCCAUCUCUCUUUCUUUUCGUAUUAUUUUCAGUAUUUGAUGAGUAAAUCAUAACAGACUCUUGUCUCCAUUUGCACUGUUCUGCAUUGCACUUUAUAUGAGCCCCUUACUUUAUCACUGUACUAGCCCAGCUUUUGAUUAACAAAACCCAGCCACAGCAGCGUCUCUCUUAAAUUGGGAAGUGCUUGUAUUUUUUUCCCUGUUGUAAAACAGUAACAGACCAGUUUCAGGCAGGAUCUAAGCAAGGAUCUUGCCUGGUUUCUGACCUGAUCAGGAAAUGGCUGCCUAUCAUAGCACAGGAGGAAAGUUGAGAAAAGGUUUAAACACAUUCCUUGUACUAAGAAAAAUGAGCUAUUUAGGUUGAGCAAGCGGGAAAUGGACUACACAGAGAUUUGUAAAAAAGUCUCAUCCUUUUCUUGGCUUCAUCAGCAGAUUUAGGGGCUCCAGUAGGCAUCGUUGUCUCUAGGGAAAUCAGGGACAGAAGCGUUUUCUGAAGGACUGGUGUUUGCAGUGGUUCUCCAAAAAGGCAGCAUGAGCCUCCCCUCCAGGGAAAGGAAGGAUCUCACAUGGAUGGCAAUCAUUUUCCAUGAGGGCCCGCCAUAGCAGCAAUACUGAAGGGGUGCAGAGUGGUGCUUAAAGGUGGGCUGCAAGACUGCAAAGGGAAGGCCCUCAGCCUUAUGCAGGUUAAGACACUUAACGGUGCUGGGCAACAAUUUAGUGAGGAGCCCAAACCAUAUGGUGGGUGAUAGGAAUUCUGAGACCACGCUGAUUAGGUGGAGCCCUCUGAGAUGUUGAGCAGAGGAAGCCUUAUGGGUCCUGGGGUCAAGGUAGAAAGCCUGUGCAGAGAUGGUAUGUGAAGUGCUUAAUAAGCACAGCAAGACUGGGUGGGAAUGGACAUGGUUUUUUAGAUCUUAGUUUGGGGAUAAACAUCUGAAUGCUGCCCAGGCUCCACCUUAGGCACCUCUGUCUGUGUCAGGUCCGGCCCUAUGCAUGAUAUAUCACCUGCCAAGUCAAGAGUGCUCCAAGCUGCAGCUCAGUGCUUUCUCUCUAGGAGCAUAUUUGAGCAGCACUGUUUCUCUGCAUUUAGGAAUUUUACAAACAAACCUCAAAUAACGCUGCUGCUGUGCUCAGAGUGUGGUUUGUGGAGGCCACGGAUUCCCCACUUGUCUUUCACAGAGACUGCUCACCAUAUAAUAAUCACCUUAGCAUAAUAAUUUAAAAAUUGUAAUGGGUUUGGAUUGUGUUGGUGCCAUUUUGUUUAGAUGAACUUAUAUCUGUAAUAAAAGACUGCAUUUGCAUUCUGCAUUAUGUCAUUUGAAAUAGCAUGAGCUCUGUAAUGGCUACUUAAUUGAAUAAAAACUAUGGGUAAGCACUAGGCUUUUA